AAAUGACUGAGGGAUUUGAUGAAGAAACAGCGAGGAACAUGUGCCCGGCAACUAGCGAAGGAAACAUAGGGACCACAAUUCACCAAAGAAUCACAACAAAAAACAAUAAUGAAGAAAAAAUAGAAACUGCCAGUGAAAUAAAUACCAAAACUGAAGAUUUUGUACCUCAAAUACGAUGGCCAGAUACUAUAGUGCAACUUUUUCUACAUAUAGGAUGUUUAUAUGGACUGUUUUUAUGCCUUGUCUCGGCUAAAUUUUAUACGACGUUAUUUGCAUUCCUUACAGUAUAUAUCACAGGCUUCGGUAUAACUGCUGGGGCUCACAGGCUGUGGUCACACAGAGCGUAUAAAGCGAAAUGGCCGCUGAGGCUGAUUCUAGUCAUUUUAUUUACAGUUACCGGCCAGCGAAACAGACGCAGAUCCGCACAACGCAAAAAGGGGAUUCUUCUUCUCACACGUCGGAUGGCUAGUUCUGACGCCCCAUCCCAAUGUAGUGGAAAAAAGAAAAUCGGUAGAUAUGAGCGAUUUAGAAGCUGACCCCAUAGUCAUGUGGCAGAAAAAGUUGUACCCUCCACUCUUCCUCAUUUUCAACAUAUUGCUUCCAGUGCUCAUUCCCGUACAUUAUUGGAACGAAAAUUUAUGGAUCUCCUUCUGGAUAAACUUCACUAUGAGGUUCACAAUUACCUUGAAUAUCGCCUUCUUCGUCAACAGCGUAGCUCAUAUGUGGGGACAGAAACCUUAUGAUAAAAAUAUCAGCCCGGUCGAAAACCUUGCGGUGUCUCUUGCGGCACUAGGAGAAGGUUGGCACAACUAUCACCACGUCUUCCCGUGGGACUACAAGACCGGAGAGUUGGGAAACGCCUACAAUCCCUCGACAACGUUCAUAGACUUCUUCGCGAAAUUGGGUUGGGCCUACGAGCUGAAAAGUGUUUCGAAGAAUAUGAUACUGCGGCGCGCGGAGAAAACCGGCGACGGAUCUCAUCCCCAAAUUUGGGGUUAUGGUGACAGCGAUAUCGAAGAAGAGGAUAAGAUCGAGCUGAAGAACAUGGCGGUCGAAAAAAAAUGCGAUGACCAUGAAGAAUGAAGAGAAUUACACAGUAUUGAUGUUAUGAAAUGUAUGGAUAUAUAUUUAUUGUUUUUUGCUACUGAAUAAUCGAACUGUUUUUCGGUUCAAACCGUUUUGAAACUUUCCGGAGAGAGUUUCUCAAUACCCAACUUUGCCUUUUGGAAAACAGGGUUCAGAAAACAAAAAUGUUUUGUUAGAGUAAACAGUAAGAUAUAAUCGUCUGUCAUUCUCUUUUUUUAAUCUAAUUUUCCAUGAUUCCCGUAUUAUUUCUGACUGAAUAAUGCAAUCUGCCUUACUUCUCGCUGAAAAACAGAAGUUUCAUUUCAGCGAUUUAUGCAUUGUAUCAUUAUCCUUUUAUUGAAGUACCUAUUAUACCAGAAACUAAUAAUCGCAAGUUUGUUCUUUUGGAUAUAAUAAUUUUUCAUUUGAUUCGACCUUUCUUGGCGUUAGUACUGCCUUUUUGGUGUCAAAAGCUCCUUUUUCCAAACAGUCUGUAGUUGUUAACCAAAUCAUUCCUUGAAUUAUGAUUAGGUAUAUAUAUAUAAAAAAUAUUUUUUACAGCAUAUUGUCUAUAAAACUUUAAAUUUUAUAACAAACUUUGUGCCUUCUAAAAUAACUCAUAUUUUUAUAAGAAUUUUCUUAGUUUGAUAUAGUGUUUACCUGUAGGAAUUUUUCAGAGAACUUAGACUCUCUUUGGCCGUAUCACCACCCAAAGCACUUGCCAAAUUCACACACCUGUUGGUUGUGCCUAUCCAAAAAUUUCACAAUGUGAGAAUGUAGGUACAGCUUAAAAAAAAUUGCAAAAACUUUGGUAAACAAUUUGAUAUCAAAAUAGCUUUGAUACGAAAAGCAGUUCACUGUUAUGCAGAUGUUGUUCAUUUUAGUUUUGGAUUAUAAUUUUAGUUUGA